CGCCCCUCUCCCACACUCUAGCUGUUGCCAUACAUUUCCGCAUAGUUGCAUUUGUGAGCGCAAUUUGUAAUUUUGCGAGCGAGCCCGAGAAUCCAACGGGAAGACACACAAAUUUGCUGAUGUCGCUGCCGUGAGCUGGUUGCCUCAGUCAGUGCAAUCGGGUAUGCGGUGCGGUCGGUCGGUUGUUCUCGCCGACGGUGUUAUUUGGUUAGUUUUAUUUUUUUGCCGCCGGUACGCAAAACUUUGGCAAUGCAAUCUGUAACAGUUGUUGAAUAUAUCUGAAAGCAAAAUAAUAUAAUUAAAUGCGGAUGACAAACAGAAAUCGCUGCAAAUAUGCUGGUAGGCAGCAAUGAAAGUGUUCGGCUGGGCAACGCGGCGUAUGCGUAAUAUAUCGAGCACGAAAACCAGCAACGAAACAGAAAGUGAUGCGUAAUUUGCCAGCACGAAAAGUCAAAAUCAAAAAUCAAAAUUAAAUAAAAUAAAAAGCAAUACGAAAUUUCAAAUUAUUCUGUGUGUGCGAACGAGAGAGAGAGAGAGAGAGAGAGGAGCAACAGUAAAAAAAGUUAUAUAAAGAAUUCGAGCGGCUCAAUUAACAGGAAUAUAUUAAUUAACAUUCUGUAUGUAUAUAUGUACAUAUAUUGAGAGCAAAGUAGCUGUCAUUAAUGAGCGACGAUAAGCAAAACAAAACGAAAGUACAAACAAGAAGUUGGCCAAAAAUAAAACCCAACAGCCUCACAUCAAGUGAAACUUUAAAUACAACAACAGCUAGCAGCCUAAGCACUACAACAACACAAAAGCGCACUUAAGCCUAGCAUUAAGAAGCAUUCUACAACCACAAUUAGCUGUAUAUUCAAAAUGCAUGGACAUAAUCAUCACCAGCCACAGCAACAGCAGCAGCCGCAGCAGCAACAACAGCAGCCGCAGGUGCCGCAGCAGCAGCUGCCACAAAUGUCUGCCACAAUGAAGCUGGCGCCACAUCCACAUCCACAGCAGCAGCAGCAGCCGCAGCAGCAACAAACACACAUAGCCAUACAGCAACAGCAUCCACAACAUCCACAGCAUCCACAACAUGCACAGCAUCAUCCGCAUCAUCACGCCAAGCUGCUGCGACGCUCGCGCAGUCGCAGCCGCAGCCCCACGCCGGACGGCACGCAGGACUAUGAUGUGACGCGCAUGCGCGAGGAGGACUUUGAGCGUCUGGCCGUCUAUCUGGUGCCCGAUGUGCAGGCGGAGCGCGGGCUGCCCAACCGAGCGGACAAGACGCUGCCGCGCAGCCUGACGCUCAAGUCCUCCAUGGUCUACUCAACGCCAAAUGUCAAGACUGAAGGAGUUUGGAGCAGCGGCGUCAUACCGCGUGGCACACGCUUUGGCCCUUUCGAAGGCAUUCCAACCUCCAACUAUCCGAACGAUAAGAACAAGGCGCGCUAUUUCUGGCGGGUGCAGGGAACACGCCACAUAACCUACGGGAAUAUUAAGAUCUUCAAGGAUGAUGAUUAUUAUUAUCUGGAUGGCUCGGACCGUUCGCAGUCGAACUGGAUGCGAUAUGUGGCCUCGGCCUACAGCUUGUCGGUGAUGAACCUGGUCGCGUGCCAGCAUCAGGAGAACAUCUAUUUCUAUACCACCCGCGACAUACUGCCCAACGAGGAGCUGAUGGUGUGGUACUGCAAGGACUUUGCCAGCCGCCUGGGCUACGAUGUGGACCCGGAGCGCACCAUAUUCGGCGCAUGCAAGCAGGACGUCGAUGUCGAGGAGGAGGAGGACGACGAGCUGCCGCACAAGAAGCCCCACUACGCCAUGGCCGCGCCCGAAAUACCCGCCGAGGUGGCUGUCAGCCACAUCACCUAUGUGAUGGGUCUGCAUUUGCCGGGCGCGCCAGCGCCGGCGCCAGCUCCAGCAGCAGUCGCCGCCUCGCCCGCCGCCGCCCAGUGCUGUCGUCGUGGCAGUCCGCCGGCCCAUGUCAGCACCACCACCGCCACCACCACCAGCAACAACAACAACAACAGCAGCAACAGCAGCCACAACGGUGCACUGCAUCCGCACAUACAGCACAGCCGGCACGCGUCCGUCAUCAUUGGCCAGGAUCGCUCGCCGCUGAACAGCAGCUGCGACAAGGAGGCCAUGGGAUCUCCGCUGUGCGUCAAGGACGCUCACUACGAGCACCAGUUGACGCCGCAGGAUGGCAGCGUGCGCUCGGUGCGCUCCGAUGAGGGCUACCACAGCAACGAGUGCCAGGAGGAUGGCCUGACGCCGCCGGAGGACUCCAGCGACAGCGAAAGCGAGCACAACUAUGUGCUGGACUGCUCCAAGAAGGCCAUUGCGCCCAAGGAGACGGUGAUUGCGCAGGCGCAGAAGCCCAGCAGUGCGACGCCGCCGGCCACCACGCCCACCGCCGUCACGCCCAGCUGUGAGGCGGACAAGAACGAGUACCGCAAGUUCAAGGUGAAGAUGCCGCUCAAGUACGAGUUCAAGAACAAGAGCUGCGUCAAAACGGAGCCGCUGAAGGAUGUGGAUGAGCAUCUGCCGUUGGCUGGCGUCAGCCUGGAGGAGGAGGAGCUGCACGAGCUGCACGCAGUGGCGGCAGUGCAUUCCGAGGACUCGCUCUGCCCGCCCAGCACGACGACAACCCUGGGCGAGGAGCAGCACCUGCAGCACCUGGAGCCAACCAACACCCAGCCCGCCUCCUCGACGGUCAUUGUGCUGGAGCACAACUCCGGCGGCCAGGCGCGCACCAUUGUGCCGCUGAGCAAGCCGUACUACGAGGCCGAUCCGCCCGGGGAGCGCUAUGUGCGCUUCACGCAGCCCAGCUCCAGCAUACUGGAGACCAUUCUGACCAGCCAGCAUCGCCUGGAGGCGGCUGCCGCGGCAGCGAACGCCUGCCGGCAGGCGAAUGCAGCCACGCCGCCGCCCACAUCGCCCACGGAGAUGGCCUACAGCUACAAGAAGUCGCAGCGCUACGGCAACGCGGUGAGUCCCGAUUCCAGCUCGAAUCUGGGCCAGCCCCAGGAGCUGGCCGGCGGCCAUGCUGUGAGCGAGCAGGAGCUGGUCCUGAGCCGUGGCACCCUGAUCAAGGGCGAGUGCUCGCCGCCGCCUGCCGCCUCGCAUCUGCACCACAAUGUCAUCUACUCGCCCUCGAGGUCCCAUCACGCCGCCUACGAGCCGGGCAGCCACUCGCCCAACUAUGCGGGCUACGCGGCCUAUCCGGGCGCGCAGUCGCUGCAUGCGGCCACCUCCACGUUCCACUCGCCGCCGCACAGCUCGCACUCGCCCUUCGAUCGCCAGUCGAAUGCGUCCAGUGGCGGCGGCUCCGCCUCCAACUUGCAUCUGCUGCAGAGCAGCACCCAGAUGCUGAACCAUCCGCUGAUGCAGCCGCUGACGCCACUUCAGCGCCUCUCCCCACUGCGCAUCUCGCCGCCCAGCAGCCUCAGCCCCGACGGCAACUCGUGUCCGCGCAGCGGCAGCCCGCUGAGUCCCAAUUCGUUGGCCUCGCGCGGCUAUCGCUCGCUGCCGUAUCCGCUGAAGAAGAAGGACGGGAAGAUGCACUACGAGUGCAAUGUCUGCUGCAAGACCUUCGGCCAGCUGAGCAAUCUCAAGGUGCAUCUGCGCACCCACUCGGGCGAGCGGCCCUUCAAGUGCAACGUCUGCACGAAGAGCUUCACCCAGCUGGCGCACCUGCAGAAGCACCACCUGGUGCACACGGGCGAGAAGCCGCACCAGUGCGACAUCUGCAAGAAGCGCUUCUCGAGCACAUCCAAUCUGAAGACGCAUCUGCGCCUGCACAGCGGCCAGAAGCCCUACGCCUGCGAUCUCUGCCCGCAGAAGUUCACGCAGUUCGUCCACCUGAAGCUGCACAAGCGCCUGCACACCAACGAUCGGCCGUAUGUGUGCCAGGGCUGUGAUAAGAAGUACAUCAGCGCCUCCGGGCUGCGCACGCACUGGAAGACCACCAGCUGCAAGCCCAACAAUCUGGAGGAGGAGCUGGCCAUGGCGGCGGCAGCCACAUCCGAGUGUCUGGACAAGGACUUGCCCGAGCCGGACUCGCGGGAGGCCUACGAGCAGCUGCAGCAGCACAUGCAUCCGGUGCAUCCGAGCCUGCGCCACUUGACUGGCGCCCAGUCGCCGCCGCGUCUCAUUCCAUUGGGCAGCAACGGACAGCCGCACAUGCACAUGCAGCAGCUGCAGGGACACCAGCCCCAUCAGCCGAGCAAUGCGCCGCCGGGUCACCUAAUGCUGCCGCAGCACUCGCCGCACAGCGGGCCGCCCAUGCUGCUGACCACGGCCAAUCAGCUGCCGCCGCCCACAGCGCCCCACCACAUGCAGCAGCAGCAGCCGCCGCAGGCCUCACCCAACCGACAGCCGCCCACUCAUCAGCAGCAGCAGCAACAGCAACAACAGCAGCAGCAGCAGCAACAUCUGGGAGCAGCGCAUCAUCUGGCGCAGCACUCGCCCAAGUCGCUGAAGCCGCUGCCCGACUCGGGCUAUCUGCAUGGAGCGCAUGUUCAGACGCAGGAGAACCGGCCCUCGGUCAUCGAGUCCUCCAGCCAGCCGAUGAUCAUCAAGUGCACGUAGAGGCAGAGAGGGCAAAAAAAAAAACACAAACAAAAACUGUAAAUUAAAGUGCAAUAUAAAACAACAAACAACAAGUAGAAGUUAAGAUCAAGAGAGAAACAAACCCGAACCGAAGUGGACAGACGUUACCUAACAGCAGCACAAGCAUACAUAACGGUAUUAUUAUUAGAUUGUACAUAGGCAGGCGGGCCCAAAUAACAACAACACAAGAAAACACACACACACACACACACACAUGCAAACAAAAACUCACUCAAAAUUUAAAACUCAUUUCGCGCUAUGAAAUAAAAGAAGAUCUCAACAAUUGGCAGUAAGCAGAAAAUCUAAUAGAACACUGCAUAUUAUUUUUGAUAAAUAUUUUAUAU